UCAAGCAAGGGAAACGACAGCAGUGGAUUGAACCAAACCUUAAAUCCUCUGAAGCGCAACGAAGAAGUGGCUAAAGUCGAAGUAACCGUCCUCGGGUUGAUUCUGCUGCUGGCGCUCGCCGGCAACCUGUGCGUCCUUGUGGCUAUCCAGGCGAGUAAACACGUUCAGUCGCGGAUGUACUAUUUUAUGAAACACCUGUGCAUCGCUGACCUGGUGGUGGCGGUUUUUCAAGUUCUCCCCCAACUUAUUUGGGACAUCACCUUUCGUUUUUAUGGACCAGACAUUCUGUGCCGCCUGGUGAAGUACCUACAGGUGGUUGGCAUGUUCGCGUCCACUUACAUGCUCGUGCUGAUGUCUAUCGACAGAUGUUUGGCUAUAUGGCAGCCUCUGCGAUCCCUGCGCCGUCGAAAGGACCGUUUUUUCGUACUGGCCUCUUGGAUUAUAAGCCUGCUCUUCAGUUUGCCACAGGUGUACAUCUUCUCCCUCAGAGAGGUGGGCGACGGGGUGUUCGACUGCUGGGGAGAUUUUGUUCAGCCCUGGGGCGCAAAGGCUUACGUUACAUGGAUUAGUCUCACAAUCUAUAUCAUUCCUGUAGCCAUUUUAAGCGUGUGUUAUGGACUUAUAAGCUAUAAAAUAUGGCAAAACUUUAAGCUCAAGACCCGGCGCGACCAGUGCCUGUCGUUGACCCCGCGGCCAGCUAAGGGCACCGCGCUCUCCCGCGUCAGCAGCGUCAAGUUGAUCUCCAAAGCUAAGAUCAGGACGGUGAAAAUGACGUUUGUGAUCGUCCUGGCCUAUAUCAUCUGCUGGACGCCGUUUUUUUUCGUUCAGAUGUGGUCCGCCUGGGAUCCAAUGGCUCCAAGAGAAGCUAUGGCGUUCAUUAUUGCGAUGCUUCUGGCCAGUCUCAACAGCUGCUGUAACCCCUGGAUCUACAUGUUUUUCGCUGGUCAUCUGUUCCAGGAUCUCAUGCAGCGCUGUCUUAUGGCAUCACACUGCGGCUGUAAGAGGCAAUGGAGAUCUAAGAGCCCUUCAGGCAUGGGUGCAAUGAGGAACACCAGCAGCCAGAAGAGUGUGACACAGUCCUCUACUAAAUGAGAGAAAGUUGGAAUACAUGCAGUUCGUAUUACCGUCAUGGACAGAACCAUAACAUAACAUAAGCUAAGGAAUCAUUUCAUAUGAUUUUUACCGGUGUGGUGCAGAUCUGAGCUACAUUAGCCAUGUAUAAUCUCUGGUCCUCUUCAGCCUAAAAUGUGUAUCUUUACAUAGGCUGUCUUUAAUACAGGAGUUAUUUGCAUCCAUCUAUUCUCCAAACCACUUUUUCUCUGUAGGGUCGUGGAAGUCAUUUACAUGUGUAUGCUCAAAGGGACAGU